UCGGCUGAAGCGCCGGGAACGGUCGAACCCCGCGGUCCGGCCCGGAAACCUGCUCAGGGCUCCCGAGAACGGAGGGCCGCCUUUUCGCCCCUUGGACGUCAGCGGACGCCCUUGAGAUUACAUGGCGGUGCAGUCUGCCGCUUCAGCGCCAAAGGAUGACGCUUGGCCUUGGUCGACAUCUGGAUGGGACCCCUCCUGGGAAGCGCGCCUCCGCCUCCCAGCACUAAAGACGGGGUCUUUUCAGAGACAGCCCCACAAUGACAGAGCAGCUCCCCCGGGGGGAUGGGCCAGCCCCCCUCGUUCGUGAUCGACCUGCCACAGCGCUUUGGACAGGGUUGGCCAAAGGAGGGGGAAGUCAGUUCUGUUGGGCGUAAGGGGAAUCCGCCUGGAACUGAAGCCAGCUGAAGACCAAAAAAGGAGAAUUAUUUAAAACUUCUGCAAGAAUAUAUAAUCCAAUAACAGAGUAAAAUAACAACCAGCUGUUCCCAAAAGGCAUUAAUUAAAGACUAACUGGAUAGCGUUGCAGAGUUACAUACAGGAUCCCAAAGCAAGAUGUUCCCAUCACCAGUCAGUCCAGAGGGUCAAACAGCCAGAGCUCUCCACAGACAGAGCAUCUAUGAUGGUGAACCAGGAACCUGUAGCAAGGCUUCCCCAGGAAGCACACAGGGCCACACUGACGUAUUUCUGCCAAGAGGCCAGAGACUCCUUGAGCAAUCAAAACAAUACUGAAUGACCUAAGACAGUCACACGUCCAACCCACAACUAGGUGACCUUAGGGGCCAAGACAAGAUAAUGGUCAUAAGCCAUCCCUACCAUGAUGCCAUUGCAAUAUUUCUAGUCCCCUUAAUUGCCUGGACUGGCACCAGAUGUCUCAGUCUUGAAGGCUCCAUGAAUAACAUAGCAGCAAAUAUUUAAAUGCCCACCUGGCUAUUACCAGUACAUUCGUCUUGGUAGCAGUUAAAAUUCCUCCUAUUUAAUGUAAUGUUGAAAGCUUUCAUGGCUGGAAUCAACUGGUUGUUUUGGUUUUUUUGGGCUGUGUGGCUGUGGUCUGGUCAUUUUUGUUCCUCACGUCUUGCCUGCAGCUGUGGCUGGCAUCUUCAGAGGGAUGUCACAGCAAGAUGUGUUUCUGUUCGUGACACACUAUGGAAUGAUUAGGCUCUGUACGCAGAUGGUCGAAUGGGAAAACUGGUGGAAAAACAUAACCUUCAAACAAUUUUCAGACCCACCAGAAAAGUACAACAAACGCUACAGUCAGCAAAGGACCAGAGUAACCCCUUUACCUGCGCAGGAGUGUAUCCUAUAUCAUGCAGCUGUGGACAAGUAUACGUAGGGACUACAAAAUACAGCAUUCUGUCAAGAAUGAAAGAACAUGAAAGGCCCUGCUGACUAAUCCAACCUGAGAAAUCAGCAGUAGCUGAAUAUGCUCUAAACCAGCGGUUCUCAACCUGUGGGUCGCGACCCCUUUGGGGGUCGAACGACCCUUUCACAGGGGUCACCUAAGACUCUUUGCAUCAGUUUUCUCCAUCUGUAAAAUGGAUAAAUGUUAGGGUUGGGGGUCACCACAACAUGAGGAACUGUGUUAAAAAGUCCCAGCAUUAGGAAACUUGAGAACCACUUCUUUAAAUCAAGUUGGUCAUAGGAUCUUAUUUGAAGACACAGAAAUUCUUGAUAAUUCCAACAGCUACUACGUCAGACUACAGAGGAAAGCCAUUGCAACCCACUAACACCAGGACAGUUUCAACAAAAAGGAAGAGAAACUGAAAAUAAAAAAAAUCUGGCUACUGGUACUAAAAAAAUGGCCAAACCAAACAAUCAGGUUUGCAGCAUGGAAGUGCUGUUCAACGUGAUGGUUGAAAAUCAGACUGCUUUUGCUCCUUCAUCUGCCAUGUCAGCUGCCUCCAUUUCUGGGUCAGUCAGAUCUAGCCACAGUGAUCCAUGUCAUAGUAACAGCCAGAUGGGACCACUCCAGUGUGUUCUUGGGGCUGUGCUCAAAAAUAUGUUCAGAGGCUGCAGCUAAUACACAGUACUGUGGCUGGACUGCUGGUCAGGGCCAGUUAUUGGGAUCAUGUGACCCCAACCUUACAUCAGUUACACAAGCUACCAAUCUUCCCCCAAGCCCAGUUCACUAAGGCACUGAUCCAGCAGGGCUCUUAUGUUCUAAUGUAUGGUUUUUACCUUUAAAGGCCUACGUGGCUUGCUACUAUAUCUGAAGGAAUGUUGUCUCUCAUACAUUCUUAGGAACUAAGAUCACAGGGAGGGGCCCUCUUGAGGGUUCCAUCAACCAAAGAAGCUCCUUUGACAGGUCCACAAGACAAGGCCUUUUCUAGGGUAGCCCCACAAUUAUGAAACAGCUGCCACAAUAGCAACGAUCCCUGUCUGCAUGUGAAUGGAGGUCAUCAGCGAAAGCCUCCCAAUGCCGCCUGCCUGAGUCCCAUGGCCUGGCCAGAACCCCAGGUGAAAGGAGACUGGAGCAGAUGGGUCGCCUGGGAAGACCUGGAGUUGCAGCCAUCACUCUCCCAAGAAGCUUGCCCCAAAAGGGAGGAGCUAGACUACUCGGGUUUCCUUCCAAAAUAGGUUAUUUAACAAUUUUUUUCUGAAUUCUGAGGAUCCCCCUGGAUUUUCAGACCCUGGAUGUGGGUGGGACUGCCAUACACACAGUUGGAUUCUUUACAUAUUUGGGAGGCUCCCUGGGCAACAGAACCAACAGAAAAAGAAAACUCCCGAAGGGGCCUGGAUGGGCUCCAGGAUCACAGAAUGUUGAAAACAGGCAUUGUUGUCACUGGAAACUCUGACCAAGGUGUUUCCAUCCAGGUAAAGCAUAAAAGAAAUGGCAUCUAUCUGUUCUGCAGAACAGGAAAGGAUAGCAAAGUGCUGAACUGGACCAAAGAUGGCAAAGACAUAGGCAGCGCCAAUGAAAAGGAACUGUUGGUGGGCUCGGCUGUGGAUGACCCCAGAGGCCUCUACCAGUGCAACUCUGAGAAAGCCAACGGGUCUCUGCAGCUGUACUUUCGCAUGUGCCAGUAUUGUGUCCAGCUGAACUCUGCUGUGGUGAUAGGAAUGGUGGCGGCCGAAGUCGUGGCCACAGCGUUGCUGGUGGCAGCAGUGUGGUGCCUUGCUGCUCAGGAGCCCGGCCGACGAUCUCGGGCCUCUCCCGCUCGUUCUCUCCUCUGCCCACUGCAGCCUCUUGGAGAACGCAACAACGGGCAGUACAGUCAUAUCGGAGUGGCCAAGGCCCGCCGCCGGUGAGAGGGGGAGCGGAUCCCUGGCCUCCUGAGCGCCUGGCUUGGAGCAGCUGCAGUUUGCAUCUGCUCGGACUGCUGACCAUCAUUCCAGUGGGAAGGGGAAGCCGGUGAAGAGGAGGAGGUUUCGAGCGGCGGCUAUGAAUGCCCGAAGUGUUUUUGGCUUGCUCCAGUCUCCAUCACUCGAGAGAUCCAGCCGGGCCUUCCAGCUUUGCAGAGCGGGCGGGCAAGCUGCCAACUCAGUGUUGCCCAACCAUGCCUGGAUUUAAACUUUCAUCUGUCUAAGCAAGAGGAAGGGGAGCCGUGCAUUUGUGCUUCCGCUUUGCCUACAAGGAAGCAACGAGUCUUGGGAACCUCCCCCUGAGUUUGGGAAGGAGGCCAGGAAGUCUUGUGGGAUAUCUGUGGACAGGUGGCGUGGUUUGUGCAAGGGGGACGAGUUCAUUUCAGGGGGAAAACAGACCCCUGGGAUCAGGAUUCCUGGAUUAGACGUGGUGCGCUCCAUCGCGGGAUGUGUCCCGGAAUCUCGGAACAGAAAGGAAGGAACUGGAGCCAUCCCCAUUCCCCCCCCCCCCAUUUCUCUGUAGCCCACCUGGUUCCUCAAUAAAGGCUUUGCUGGCUUGA